GAGCGAGUACGUGUGGUAACCGCUGCGAGCAGAGCCGUGCCGAGCGCAGUGGACUCGCUCCGGUCGUAUCGCGUGCCGCUCACGAGAGCGAGGAUCGUUUUCUCUAUCCGCCUGCCUGCGUUUUUCCCUCGUCCGCACGCCCGCACCACCACCACGCGCACCUUUUUCCACCUUUUCCGCCCGCGCGUACUACUACCCCUCGUUCGGUCUCUUUCUCGCUCGUCGUCACCUUCUCCUCCCUCCUUCGUAACCCCCUUUCCCGCCGCUUCUACGGUUUCUCUUGUUCUUUCUUUUUCUCUCUCUCUCCUCUCCCCCUCCCUCUCUCUUUCUCCCUCUCUUUCAUUCCUCAGUCUCAGUCCUCCUCUCGCCGUUUUCAUCCUCAAUCCGCCCUCUCUCCACCUCACAAUCUCGCUCUCCGUCUCUCGCUCUUUCUCUCUCCAUCGCGUUCUCCCGUCUUCCAUUCUUUCUGGUUCUCUGCGCGUUACGGCGUGAACCGUACCGAGAUCGCGCGACAACGCGGUAAUCGGCGGCUGCCGCGUCGCGGAAUAGUACGAAUAAAUCGCGUCGUCCGGUCGCAGCGGCACUGAGGGGGUGGUGUGCGCGUGAGGGAGAGGAUGCUGUCUAUGUUUCGCGCGGUGAAAUCAUGUGGUCGCGCUCGGCUCCGGAGAAGGCAGUGACAUUUCGGACACACGUUCCGGAACGGCACGCAGCCCGGAACGCCGUCUUCCUCUUUCCGUUGAAAUGAUCGAGUUGGCCGGACUCGUUGUAGCGAGGACCACUCGCGAAAGGGCCAUCACGAAGAGGGAAAAGCGUCUGAGGUGAAGAAAGAAUAGAAGAAGGAGAAGAGGAAGAGGAGGUGGCGGAGGAAGAGGAGGAAGAAGAGGCUAUAACGGCGCUCUGUGCGUGGGUCGCUAGAUCAUUCAAGCGCGUUGCCUACGAUAUUUGCUCUGACCUUUGCGACUUGUACAUAUCUACAUAUACACAUACACACACACACACACACACACACAUAUACAUGCAACACACACAUACCACACAUACUACACAUACCACACGCACGGGUAAUACGUCAAGUUACAAUUUGCUAUCAGUGAUUAGAUAGAUCGAGAAUCGGAGGCCUCGGAGGAAGAACGUGCGCGACGACGACGAGAGGAGGCCUGAGCGCGGUGCGUAAAAAACGUGCACAACCUAUGGACGAUGCGCAAAGAUCGUUAAAUCGCCUGAACGUUAAGCCAGACGACCGGUUUGCUGGUCCUCGUUCGACGAUCGAUCGCCAAUCACGAAAUUAUCCGGGGAGGUGAGACAGAGAGAGAGACAGAGAGAGAAAGAGAAAGAGAGAGAGGGAGAGAGAGAGAAAGACACGGGCCACACUCACCCCCGUGCCGCCGAGAACGGCGAGAAACCGAGAGCAAGGGAGAACAAGGAGGAGGAGGAGGAGGAGGAGGAGGAGGAGGAGGAGGAAGAGGAAGGGGAAGGGACGGGAACAGAGAGAGGAUUUCGAGAAGUAAUUGUUGAGAACCGUCGGAAAUAAUGUUCCUGCCCGUCGACAGACUGCUGCGUUCCGGGGUACUGUUUCUGUUGUGGAUAGGCUCGAGUCGCCAGCAGGAAGAGGACAUACCUCAUAAUGAAGUAAAAAACUGGGCCUUAAAGUUUGGCGUGGAUCUAUGGGAGUUCGGUAAACAAGUAACUAAAAUGGGCGAGAUACAGAGAAAAUACCACGAAGCGGAUGCCGAUGUCAUGAGGAAAGACGGUCUUGUCGUCGUCCGAGAUAUGGCCAUGGAGGUGAAAAACAUGAUGGACUUUAAAAUGAACGCCGUGAUGAGAUUAGUGGAGAGCGCCGAGCAAGCUGCGGUGUCGGCGCCAAGAGAAGGGAAUGUGUCGCCCAAGUAUUAUGCCUCGCAUCGGCUUAACAACUUCGUCAGCGACGAGAAAGGUUUCGCCGGCGCGCAGGAGAUGUUCCUCGCUGCCAAUCGUCACUUCGACCAUUUGGCGGUGAAUGUUAGCUUGUCCGCCGUGCUACUGCCGAGCGGAAUCAAAGACAACGAUCGUGACGUCGCUUCGGGUAUUCAAUGGAGCGAGUAUCUAGAUCUCUUGUUUGUUAAUAAUUACGAGAGCGAUACCACGCUGUCGUGGCAAUAUUACGGAGCGACCACGGGAUUCCUGCGUCGUUUUCCAGCGAUAUCGUGGCCGCCGAUGGAGGGUACGUUCAGAACGUCCAAACCCUCCGUCUCGCAUCGGACCGUCCGCGACGUGUACGACUUCAGGAUGUCGAAUUGGUUCAUCGGCGCGGCGAACAGUCCGAAGGAUCUAGCAAUACUGAUAGAUAGCGCGACCUACACGUCCGACAAGAAUCGACGGCUUACGAUCGCCACGACCAGGGUCAUUCUGGACACCCUCGGGCCGGACGACUACGUGAACAUAUACCGAUAUGGCGAGAAUGCGGAGGAGAUCGUGCAAUGCUUCAAGGACAGUCUGGUGCAGGCGUCGCCGGAGAACGUCCAAGAGAUGAAGGUGGCGUUGAGCUUCGUGAAGCACGAGGAGUCCGCAACCAACAUUUCUGCCGCACUCAGUACCGCCUUCGAGAUCCUCCACAAGUACAAUCGGACCGGUCAAGGCAGCCAGUGCAAUCAGGCUAUCGUGCUGAUCACAUCCGACAACGACGGCGCACCCACCGAAGUGAUAAAACGCUACAACUGGCCUCACAUGCCCGUUCGGAUCUUCACGUACCUCAUCGGCGGCGACAAGAGCCCGGAGCUCUGGAACACCGCCUGCACCAACAAAGGAUUUUACGCGAGGAUAACGGACACGGAAGAAAUUCAUAACAAGGUCUUUGAGUACGUUAAAGUCCUAGCGCGACCUAUGGUGCUCUAUCAACAUGACCAUCCGAUUCAUUGGAGUCCCGCUUAUGUGGGCGGAAAGAGCAGUAGGUACGGUCGAGAAAAUCAUGGGCAACUAAUGACAUCUGUGACUGCCCCCAUUUUAGAUCGCCGGAAUUACACGGUGAAAACAGCCAAUUUAUUGGGUAUCGUUGGUACUGACGUACCUGUUGAGGAGAUUCAGAAACUCGUGCCGCCUUACAAGUUAGGAGUUAAUGGAUAUUCGUUUAUUGUUGACAAUAAUGGCAGAGUUCUGUAUCAUCCUGACUUGCGGCCUCUUUACGAGGAGACAUUAAAGCCUACAUAUAUAAGUGUAGAUCUAUCGGAAGUCGAGCUCGCAGAAUACGAUGGACCUUCCCAUCCGUUGAACAACUCGAUCUUGCUCGAUCUGAGGCACGACAUGAUCGAUCAAAAGGAAGGAGAAACGGACUUUGCAAUUAAAAUGCAUUACGACGAUAUGAAAAGAGUCACGAUUCGACGGCACAAUUACUUUUACAAGCCGAUUGAUGGCACGCCAUUCUCCUUGGGCCUAGCCUUGCCAGAAGGCUACGGCAUGUUUGAAUUGCGAGCUGAAAAGGAGAUCAAGCACGCUAUCAUAAAUGUAACAGAGUUCUUCAAAGGGAACAAUUGGAAGGUGCACCCUGAUUGGGUCUACUGCGAGUACAGUUCGGCUUCCGAUAAGUUCUUUUCCUCCCCGGAAGAACGCAUCCUGCAUUUUUUAACGCGGAUGCGCAGACCGGGGUGGAAAUGGAUGUCCUUGAGACCAAGGAGUCCCAGCUCGCAUCACAAGCAAGCGAGCAAGCCGGAUAAAGAUGCUUAUUAUUGCGAUAAGAAAUUAGUGCAGUCCUUGGUGUUGGACGCCCAGGUGACGGACGGAUUCGAUAAGAGGGGCGCCAAUACGAUGCACAAGGAAGAAAAUCAAAAUCAGGGCAAGGGUAGAUUCGGCGUCACCAGGAGCUUCAUCGCGACCAGGAGCGGACUUCUGCGUUGGCACGAGCACCAGCAGAGCGGCGACAGCACCGACGAACCGGGAUUCGCGGAGAAGCACGCGAGAGCCAUGGACUCGUCGUGGUACAAACGCGCAGUGGAUCAGCACUCCGUAGAACCGGACAGCUUUGUCUUCAGCGUACCGUUCGACGCAGCCGACACGGCCGACCCACUUGUCACCGCCACUCAUGCGGUGUUCUUCGGCAAAAGUCACAAGACUCCGGUGGCGGUUGUGGGCUUGCAAUUUCAGCACUCGUCCUUGGCGACUCACUUCGUCAAUAUCACUUCUACGUGCACCGGAAUGACGGGCUGCAAGAAGAAUUGCGCGUCGGAGGAGCUGGAUUGUUACAUUCUGGAUAACAACGGAUUUAUCAUCAUAAGUGAGCGUCACGAGCACACCGGCAAAUUCUUCGGUGAAAUAGACGGGACUAUAAUGGACUCUUUGGUGCAAGAUAGAAUAUACAGAAAAGUAACCGUCAUUGAUUACCAAGGAACUUGUAGCCCUCAAGAGUCUCAUCAAUCAUCAGCGCCGCAGACAUUGUCCGACUCUGUUAUCAAGACAGCAGCUACAUUCGGCAGAUUCCUCUGCACCUUGGCUUUAAGCCUCAAUCUUCAAGAUCUGUGGCAGGCAGUGUCGGCGUUCGCCAACGACGCGAUGCACUUGGACGAUGGACCGGUGUUCAACAAUAUCGAAGAGUCGCGCGAUUCCGACCUGCAGACGUUCGUCGACUCGACGGACGAAGUGACUCCAGAUGAGAACAAUGUGUUCGCGAGGUUCCCGGCGAUCGCGCCGGCGACGCCCGCCUCGCCACCGACCACUCGGGCUACAUCCGCGCAUUAUCCGCCACAAAAGCUGCGCACGUGCGAGAAAAAAACGGAUUUGUACAUCUUGCAGCCCGAAAGGCUCAACACUAGCGGCCAGAGCAAUCCAUUGAAGGGAAAACUCACCAAUUGCCACGUAACUGGAUGCGAGAGACCCUUCAGUGUCCAGAAGAUCCGUCACACAAAUCUGAUACUGUUGGUCGUCGAUACUUUGUGCCCAUGCGGCAGCAAGCAACUCAGUAUCGAACCCAUCGAGGCUCUCACGGAGCCCGGUGCAUGUACAGCGAGGAGAGAACGCCUGUACCGGCGAAGGCCACCGAAAUGCAUAAACUAUCACCCUGAAGAAAUGGAGAUCAAAUUCUGCGGCGGCACGUGCCGCAUGUUUAAUUUCUCAUCGUUGAGUCUUAUGAUUCUCUUAUCCAUCAUUACAGUGCGGCUUGCGUGACUCUGUCAGAAUUAAUUGCGCACACGUUUACAAAUUACCUUUUUAAAAUAGAUUUAGCGUUGUCGUUUCUAUAAAACAGUUACAUAAAGAGGAGGACGUGGAACAGAAAGUAAGAGAGGACGAGUGAGAGAGAGAGAG